UAUUAGAUAGGGCGGGGCGUUGCCAGGGUGACAGUUACGAGGAGACGAGACGCUGAGGAGAGAAGACGGAGAGCGAGAGGAAAUCAUGAAGAGGCCUCACAUCUGUCUGUGGCGCGAUCUCACGCGGAGUGAUGUGGAGACUCUGGAGAGGGUGGAGAGUGCGGAGGAGAUGCGUCGGUAGAGUUCUGUCCCGUCUGCUGUCCCCGGAGGAGGGGGUCUGUGAGCCUCGUGCCUCGGCUCUCCUGGAUCUCUAUUACUAUACAGUGCGCUUCUGCCGGGACGGCGGAUUCACCAGAGAGCAGACGUCUUGUCUGUUCUCCAUCAUGAAGGAGAUUCAUCGUACCUGUGCAGAGACAUCGCUGGGAAACGUGGACGAGUGUUAUCAGUACUUCAAGGAGCUGCUGUUGUGCCACGCUGUCCAUAGACCUCCAUUCAGUAUCGCGGUGUUCACCCAGCAGCAGCUUCCACACAUAUCAGAUUAUGUUCUGAACACUUAUUUUCGCCACUUCAAGGUUUAUAAAUACGUCUUUACACCUCAGGUGUGCUUGGACCUCACUGUCUCCUAUGAGGAGGACUCGGAAAGCCCAGAACAAGAAGAGAAUGGAAAUGUAACUUCUGCAUCUGGACCUCUGCCAGAACACACGGGCCAGCUACUGAGCCAGGACCGCCUAGAGGGAGGAGCCGAAACCAGAACCACAUCUCCUGGAGGAAGGUCAGAGGGAGGAGCCGAAACCAGAACCACAUCUCCUGGAGGAAGGUCAGAGGGAGGAGCUGAAACCAGAACCACAUCUCCUGGAGGAAGGUCAGAGGGAGGAGCCGAAAACAGAACCACAUCUCCUGGAGGAAGGUCAGAGGGAGGAGCCGAAACCAAAACCACAUCUCCUGAAGGAAGGACUGAGGGAAUAUCGGAAACCAGAGACACAUCUCCUGGAGGAAGAGUGGAGACCAGGACCAGAUCUCCUGGAGGAAGGUCAGAGGGAGGAGCCGAAACCAAAACCACAUCUCCUGAAGGAAGGACUGAGGGAAGGUUAGAGACCAGAGACACAUCUGGAGGAAGGGCAGAAGGAAGAUCGGAGACCAGAGACACAUCUCCUGGAGGAAGAGUGGAGACCAGAACCUCAUCUCCUGGAGGAAGGGCAGAAGGAAGAUCGGAGACCAGGACCAGAUCUUCGGGAGGAAAGUCAGGGGGAGGAGUGGAGAUCAGGAACACAGGGGGUAGGAAAGGAUCUGGCAGCCUGAAAUGAGCCAAUCCGAUUAUCGCCGACAUCUUCAGGCCUCAUCCCACCUUCUAAUCCCCAGAACUUGUAUUCUGGAGACACAAUAUGAAAUCUUCCAGGCCGGUGUCUCGGCCUCCCUCAUCCUUCCAUCACAUUGUUUCCUCUGAAUGCGUGUCGUAGGAUUUCCCGUCAGGCAAUAAAAGAGACAGACUGGCACCU